UUUGUGUGCAUUUCUCCCAAACUCCACCAACAACAACACCAGCCGCGAUGGUGGACAUUGUAAAGGACAAGGUCGUUGUGAAAGACUUGCGGCAGGGAUCUGCCCACCCCAUGUCAGCUACAUCGCUCAUGCAAGAUGUGGGGGUGACGGAAGAAAACCAGCUGCACAUCGACAACAAGUACUACCGCGCCACCUUGCAGUGUGUGCUGCAAGAAGGAGACGAGGCGCAAACGCAUGCCUUGCCCGCCGAUCACGAAUAUGACGCUGCCGUACUUGUCAUCGACACACUGGAGGCGCAAGUGCCGCAUCACGUGUCCCGCCACUUGACGGCGUUAACAGAGAGCAGCGUUUCCAUCCUCAUUGUUGCAGACACAUGCCAGAUUGACUCAAGGCCACAGGAGGAAGUAAGGCGGAUAUGCUUGGAGCACAAUGCAGAAUACACCAUUGUGAAGAGCGCCAGCAACUCCUCAGGAAGCGGCGAUGAUGAGGCCGCAAACGAGGAAGACGGCGCCACGUUCAAGGAUGCUGUGGGCGCGGGCCGGAUUCGAGAAGCGCUGGAGGCGCACAUGUGGGCACACCUGGAGAUGAAGGCCCAGCCCGCACGCAAGAGCCAGCAGCAGCAGCAGCAACAGGUACCCGCGGGUGAUGAACAGGGGCCGACAGAGGCCACUGCCACGCAGGAGGGUGAGCAGCAGCAGGAGCAGGAAGCAGCGGAGGGUGGCGGAGAGGACGCGUUAUUGACGUCCUUGCUGCAGAGCUUGACCACGAUUGGCAAUGAGAACUUUGCGGACGAUGACGAUCUUGACGGCGACAAUGACGCCUUCAACCUUCUUCAACUCGUCACUCAGAUGCGCGAGAUUCGAGAGAGUGCGACCUCUGUGUCUGACGAGCAGCGGCGGGAGCGGGCGGCGCAGGUUGCCAUGGCGCUUGCCGAUAUGCUCGCUGGUGAUGACGAUGGACAGGAUGGUGAUGGUGAUGUUGCGCCCAGCGACCAAGACUGAGGCUAAACCCGUCAAACCAAGACACUGUGUGUGUGUGUGUGUGUGUGUGUG